ACUGAAUCUUCUACUCUUUUCCAUGAAAAAAACCUCCGCCCAAAUCCCAAUUUGUUCCACCAAUUUCAUACUUGAAUCUUAGCUGUGUCCUGUGAAUUAGAUGGGAUUGACGAACUUCAUAUUGACGGUGGCCGGUGUCAGUGCGGUGGUUCUUCUACUGAGGAGCGAUGUGAAGCAAUCGGCGACGAUUUUCAGGCGUAAUGUCAAGCACAUACGCCACUGGCUGGAAGAAGAAUCCUCUAAUGCUUCCAAGGCAGCAGAGAAGGCAAAGCCGAAGGAACUGGACUCCAAGGCUCCUCCUCCCAAGGAAAGGGACUAGGUCCACUAGGAAUAGUUAUGUAACAUAUGGAGAUAUGUUUAGAAUAAGUGGUGUAAUGUCGGGGGACAUUUGUUUUCCUGUCUUUUUGGUCUCUCAUUAGCAAGGUUGUCAAAAUCGAGAUUUUAUCUAAAAUCAUUUUGGCUAUAUGUAAAAUCGGAAUCGUAAAAUCGGAAUCGAUAAAAUUGAGAUUUUACA